GUCCAACAGUGAAGCCGAGCCGGAUUCGGAAACGGAAGACUCUGUCGCUAAACCGGCAGCGGCUAAACCGGAACUGGCGUGGGAUGAUCCUCAAGCACUACUCAACACCUGGCUGGGAGAAUUGGACAAUUUGCAUAUGUCGGUUCAAUUCUAAGAAUGUUAGCGACGUGCGCUGCUGAUUGAAAAGACUGCAUCUGAAGUUGCCACGACAUCAUCAGACGGAGAAUCAGGAAGAAGAAGAAAAAGAAGACAAAAUCUAUUUGAUGGAUGAGCAAGUUUCCAACGGAUACUAACCAAAUCCCGUUCGAAUGGUCUCUAAUUUGGCGGGUUGGGGGAGUGCAAUAUAACGUACUGGCAAUUCAGCAACCGAAACUAGACGGGGACAAAAAAUCAAAUAACAGUUCGAUUGUUGGAAACAACCAAAUAACCGUACUGGUUGGUUUAUUGUAUGUGUGAGAAAUAUCUGCGAGUGUUGACUUUACGCCGUCGAUAGAGCCAAUGGUAUCGGACCCUUCCGCUACUGUGUCAACCCGCUGUGAUUUGUGCUAUCGCAUUCGAACCCAAACAGUCCUCUGAAGUGGGUCUACACUCUUGUGCGCGCUUGUGUGAAGUAGCCAAAUCGAGUUGGCCAAUCGUUUGUGUUUAAAAAGUCCAGGAUAAGAUCAGAGUCCCGAUCUCUUCGUAAAAACAAAAAAUCAAAGGCGGAUCUAUUCCAAGGCGAAGUCUUUGAUAGACUCUUUGAAUUCCAGUGCCACAUCUGCAGUGAUUCCCACAAUUAAUGGAAUGAUUUUGGAUGUUAUUUGAAUCGUAAAAAAACAAAACGUUUAAAAAUCUCGCGAUGGUUUUCAAAAUGGAAGCUGCUUUACUGCAGCAGCCGCAAUGGAAUAUGAACGCCAUGAUGGCUGACAACGAAGAGGUCGAUUCAGAUGAAGCCGUCUCCGAUGACGAGGGUAUUGAGGGUUUCAAUGGCUCGGAAAACGGAAGUGCCGUGACGACGGCGGGAGAAACAUCAGGGCCUCGCCCACUCUCAGUUCCGGAAAUGGAUAAGUUGCAACUGCUGCACGCAGAACCACGAAUUGACAGUUAUCGUUUUUCCAUGGCGAAUCUCGAAGAAUCCCAAGAUGGAGAACUCGAUGCCAUAUUGAAGGAACUUUGUGCUCUCGGAUCACAGUUUGAUCAAGAGCUUAAAGUGGAGGAUGCUCCUCGUCCUGCCAAUAACAAAUCAUCAGCAGGUCCGAUGGAUGCGCUGAAAAAAGCCGUAAGUAGUAACAACGAUCAAAACGAACACGUGACGAAAACGACCCAUUCAAAAUCCAAUUUUAAUGGUUGCCAAGUGAAUAAUAACAAUAAAAUGAGGCUCGAUUUAACCCCCGACGCCACAGAUUCUACCAACAGAACAGACUCAGGAAUGAGAACGGAAAGUCCGGAUAAUGAUUCAGCUUUUUCCGACAAUAUCUCGAUGCUCUCGAGUGAAAGUUCGGCUUCUUCUGGAGCCAGCGCUGCCCGAACGGACGCCUCUUCCAAAAGUUCGGCAUCGAACGCUUCGUCGACCGGUUCGUCUACGAUAGUGGCGGCAGACGAAGCGGCUCGUCUGAAGGCCGAAAAGAUCCGUUUAGCAUUAGAAAAAAUGCGGGAAGCCAACGUAAAAAAGCUAUACAUCAAAGCUUUCACAACCGACGGUAGCACCAAAUCGCUGCUGGUCGACGAGAAAAUGGCAGUGGGCAGCGUCACGCGAAUGCUCUCUGACAAGAACCACGUCCGCAUGGAGCCCAAAUGGGUCCUGGUCGAGCACCUACCCGAUUUGUACAUGGAGCGUGUCUACGAAGACCAUGAAAUGUUGGUGGAUCAGCUCAUGCUGUGGACGCGCGACUCACGAAACACGCUACUGUUCGUCGAAAGACCCGAAAAGUACAGCCUUUUUUCACGGCCCGAAGAUUACCUGCUGUCGUUCAAUUCGUCUUCAGAAAGGGACCGCCAUCUCGACGACGACGGCCGAUUGGCUCUACUCGAAGAAUUCUUUUCGGGGACGGGCGGUAAUGGCGUCGGCGUACCUGAAAUCGAAGGUCCACUUUACCUAAAAGCCGAGGGUAAAAAGGCGUGGAAGCGAUUCUAUUUUGUCCUGCGCGCCUCGGGCAUCUAUUAUUCACCAAAGGGCAAGUCUUCGUCGAAAUCCUCCAAAGACCUGGUUUGCUUAGCCACUUUCGACGUCAAUCAAGUCUACACAUCCGUUUCGUGGCGCAAGAAAUUCAAGGCCCCCACCGAAUUCGGUUUCGCCAUCAAACAUCCAAAGCUGCAGUCGAGAUCAUCCAAGUUCAUCAAAUACUUGUGCGCCGAAGACGAGCGGACCAUGGCCAGAUGGGUUAUGGGCAUCCGUAUCGCCAAACAUGGCCGGGCCUUGAUGGACAACUAUCGCGCAUUGGUCGAAGAGUUGGCUCAGGAAGAUUUGGAUCAGUUGGCCAACGCUCGAAGUUUUUCUUUGGCUUCCAUGACGCUGGGCGGCGCCACCCCGACAACAGCUCCCGUUUCCGAGUCGAUAACCGACGAGAACGAAACGCCCGUCAACACGCUAGAACGGGGCGGUGUACUGGGAUUUCAUACCUCCCGCCCGCUCUCCAGACAGGACAGUCUGAAGAGUCGAGCGUCCAAUUCUUCUUCCAGCGGAUGCUUAUCGGAGCGCUCGAGCAACGGCACAGCUACGCCAACCUUUGAAAACGCUUUCGAUUCCGACUUCCCCAUGGGCACCAUCAAGCGGAAGCCAUCCAUGACACCCAAACUUCCCCUGACGUCCACUACAAGGUUGUUGGUCAAGGAACUGGAAGACACUGUCGACGGCCAAGCGGCCAUGGAGGCUCGGAACACGCUGCGGCAAAGUUUCAGAAAAUCCCUCAACGAGGAGGUGAAUACAAUCCGGCGUAAAACCAGCGCCGCUUCCAACAGUCAAGCUGUUGCGGCGGCGAGCUGUGUUGUCCUCGAGUCUUCGCGGCCCAUCAUCCACGAGUUGAACGAUUCGCAAGAUGUGGAUUCGUUACCUCUACCGCCGCCGCCUACGUUCAGUUCUCCGGAUGACGGCAUCAGUUGCGAUUCGGAUUUACUCCCUCCCCCUCCGCCGGAAGCUUUUGACCAAGUCGAUUGCGGGUCUUCCUUUCCGCUGCCUCCGGCCGAACUGCUGGAUUCGUCUUACCUUCCGUAUCAGCACUCCAUGUCUCCACGUAUCUUGCGAUCCAAGCCACCUAGUCCUACCCCUCCUCCGCCGCCGAUCGUGCCUGGAACAUUGAAACCUUGCUUGAAAUCGAGUUCGUGCGCUCCGACGGUACCGCCCAAACCGGCCAUCAUUUCUUCCAUUUCGAAGCGAGAGUCUGCCGGCUGCCAAGCCAUCUACGCGAACUCUGCCAAAUCCGUUAUGCCAACGCCUCCGCCGCCUCCGCCAACGCAGAGUCCCAGCAAAAAGAACCGAAGGAUCACGUUUGACGAACGAGUCGCCUGCAGUCCCUCUCCGCCGCUGACGGAUUCGCCGCCGAAACCCCCCAAACCGCCCGUUAUGCCCAAACGAGUGGAUCCUUUGCGCUCGUCGAUGAAGCAGCAACCUAUUCCACAAAAGCUAACGGCGCCUGGAUGCACUGUGACUCCGCCGCGUGAAUUUCUCAAGGACCUCCAACGGGUGAUGCAGAAAAAAUGGCAGGUAGCCCAGAAAUGCAAGGAUGACACCGAAGUGACGCCGCAUUCGGUACUGGGAUUUAGAGAUCAGCCGCCGCCCAUCGCCCCCGUCCCGGCCGCUUAUAAAGAAAACAGCGUCCGAGCGUGGGUGGCCGAGCACUACGGGUCGGGCUCUGAUGUUAUUUCCUCCGACAACUCGAUGGGCUUUUACGAGAACGUGUUUGUGCCGUCUUCAUCGGCUGCAACUAUUUCUGCUCUGCCCGGAGAGGAAUACCAGAAUUGCGUCGAACUCCGAGACAGAGAGUACACGCACCCCUACCUGCCUGUCCAUCCGAACCACACGCAUUCGCCGCGAAUGAGUUCGGCGUCGACCGCAACGACCGUGUCGGCUGCCAGCGCCAAGCGUCUCCCUCCUCCUCCACCCAAACGAAGCGAAACGACUCACUUAUCAACUCGAAUUCAUUGAUUGAUCAAGCGUUCCAGUUAGAAAAACUAAAACUAACCGAUUAACAAAUAAUAUCUUUUUAUGUGUACAUAGAACGAGACAUCGUGUAGGUCAGCAGGAUUGUUUUCUCUCCAAAAAAGGAAGGAGUGCCUUGCGUUUUACUUUUUUAACUUCGGGAUUUUGCAGAAGUUUUCCAGAAAAAAAUGUUUUGGAGGUUAUCUGGUCAGCGCUAUGCAAGCUACUCCUCCUGUUGCAGCUCUUAUCGAAUUUGCAUAAGAAAAGGGCAGCACCUGUUGGCGAAUAUCGAAACUUUCACCAAUAUCUUACACGUCUGUCUUACACAUCUGGACUCUUAAUGGGAUUCACUAAACAUUGAUUUUGAAUGUCCUGAUGCUAAGCGUAUUAGCGCGAAGGAAUUUUUUUUUUAACCUACCAGCAAAGUCUGUUAUGUUGUGAAGAUUAAGAUAGCAUCGCCAAGUGCCAAAUUUAAAUCCGCGCUUUUUGUUGACACUCCACUCCACAAUUUUUGAUUUUUGUUCUUUUUUUUUUUUUGGCAGUUUCUUAGUUAUUUUUGGUUUUUGUGAUUAUUGAAUUUGUCUUAACUGUCCUCCCGAUAUUGAUCCCUUAUCACAUUUGAUCUACUAAACCGUGGCGCUGCAGGUCAUAAUUUUAAUUUGCCCUCCUCCAUCCUAUUAUCUUUGUUGUUUCAUAGAGUUUAGGGAUUUGUCGUUUUCUUCAUCGCUUGGUCGAAAUCCACGGUGAGUAUUUGAUUCAUGGGAAGCCGGCUUAUUCAUUCACUUUGGAGCUGUACUAUAUAUUAUUAUUUGCACUGUAAAUCAAUUGAGUGCUCACGUCAAGUAAACUAGCUCUCAAUGGCUGAUUUUUGUAUCGGGGAAAAAAAUAUUAAAAUGGGGAUCAAAGAAUCGUUUCAAGGUUUCGAUAUUUGUGUUAUGUAUCAUACAUAAUAUAUAACUUGUAUUACCGUCUUUCCUUCUUAUAUACAGUUUUCUCUUUUUCUGUUUAAAAGUCGACCUCAUGCGCUGCUGGUAUAUAAUGCUAAUUUCAGAUGUGUUAAUAAAAAAUCAAAUACAUGUUUCGCGAUGCAGCGGAAAGAUUCCACGAA